AUGCUAACUUGGAAGCUCACCACCAACUACGCACAUCAUCAUCAUCAUGUCUUGCCCACGCAAGCUCAUAAGCCCUGUAUUCAAAUUUAGUUGAAUAAGCGACUCUUCAAUCAAAAUGCAUCGAUUCUUCAAACAAACACAAAACAAUCACAAACGAACACGUAAACAUAAACGAACUUUUCAAUGUGUAGUCGUAUUGCAUACUGUUUUCAUGUGUUUCAUGUGGAUUCUUAAUAGUAUCUCUUAGUGUGGUAGAAAAUCUAUUAUUCGAUUAUGUAUCGUAAUGAAGUAGUAAUAAUAAGUGAAGUAUUGUGUUUAUUCUACUAAAACAUUAAUAAUAUAUAAAUGGAUCACAUGGGUGCGAAGAUAUCAGACAGAUAAGAUCAGAUCAGAUGCAGCAGAAAGGAAGAAAGAAAGAAAGAAAGAAAGAAAGAAACAGGAGAAAGACCAAGGAGGUUCACUCUUAGAUUUUUUUUUAAGUAGCAAACUGAGACUGAUGAAGAAGAAGAUGAAGUAGAAGAAGAAGACGACAGAAGUAUGGACUCAAUCUGUAGCAUUUUUCUCUGGAUUCAAGUUUAACUUAGAAGAGAUUGCCUGUUCUAAGAAGAAGUUGAAGAGAUGAAGAAGAAUAGCAUAGAUCAAGAGGACCACUCAGUUAGUCAGUCAUUCAUUCAUUCGUUCAGAUUCAUUGCUGCCCCAUUGUGA